ACUGUCAGUUGAUGUGAAGGAAUGAUUUGCGGCACUAUUGGAAACUGUCGCAAACGUGUGGGAGGCUUUGGGCGCUGUUCGGUACGUCGAGAGGUAGCCGCCUACACUCACCUGGAUAUCUAUAACUGAGAUACAAUCCCAUACAAUAUGAUGGAUUUAAGGACGAUAAUGCAUCUUUUUUGUGAUCAUCUUGAACGGGUUGCCUUUCGUCUAGAGGACGGUUGUACGACAAGUGUCAGGUCCCUCUGGUGUGCCGAAUUGUGACGCGAGGAAGGGCUCGCUUAGCAGCCUAAUGGACAGUAUCGAUGACUUAGCAAACACAAGGACUGAUGAAUGGCCCUUUAUGCAAUUUCGACACUUUAUUGUCUCGAUUCGCCCCGCCUGCUUCUCUAUUUGAUGACUGGAACUGGAUAUCACUGUUAAGUGUGUCGUAAUAUCACCAUUACUGAGAGACAACAGUAUUUACUUCUCUGGACCGAGGAAGUGAAGUUGCGUCAGGUUAGCAGAACGUGAUCAAGUUCAGACCGGAAGUGGGUUGACCUUGCCUUCACAAUAAAUGUGCCAAAUGUAUUUGGUUUGACUUUGAUCAACAUCGUUUGAGAUUGGACAGAGUCUAAACACUUGGACACAACGACAGGCGGCUCUAAUAGCAACAUACAUCUCCGAUUUAUUAAUUCCGUGGUACACUGCAGAUUCGAUAUAUCUCCAUUCGCUUUAUUUUGGAAGUUGCAAACGGAAGUCGGCCUUGCCUUCACACUGUUUGACACUAGUAGGAAGUGGGAUGUGGCCAGGGUGUAUUUAUGCUUCUGUUUAAGAUAUGAAAAUCACUCAAUUCACGCUGGUUCGGGAGCCCUGUUUCGCAACCGGACACAGCGGGGGGAACGACACUGUUGCUGCCAGUGACUGUGGCUGUUGUCGGUGGUCGAACACGGCAGACACGACCGAAGCUGCUGUGCUGGUUUUGCCUGGACUGGACCAUUUCCAUGAGGGCUUCUCAAACUCACGCCCUAACAAUUUGUGUUCUGGGCUGUAUUGUGUGCUUACGUAAUAACAGCAUGUGAAUCAAUUCAGUCACCUGGUUGAUUUUUUAUUUUAUUUUUUUCUUAGACAAAGACUGUUUCCCCCCAUUUUUUAAAUAUUUUGUUGCAAAUGUCAACAACCCAGCGUCAAAUGAUGAUGGAGUCCUCUCUAGCCCUUGGAAGACUGGAACUGACCCCCAGCUCAGGCGCUGUUGGGGUCAGCCUGACCCCGCGGCUCUCCGCCGGACACCCCGGGAAAGAGAAGUCCGGUCAACGGCCACCGGGGCCACAAGGCCAGGCUCACCUGAACGGCUGCGUCCCGCUGUCACAUCAGGUGGCGGGUCACAAGUAUGGAGUGGAUACAGUGGGGAUUUUGCAGCACCCAGAUGGGACAGUCCUGAAGCAGCUCCAGCCCCCACCCAGAGGGCCCAGAGAGAUGCAGUUUUACAGCAUGGUGUAUGCAGAGGACUGCUGUGAUCCAUGCCUUCUGGAGCUCCAGAGCCAUCUGCCCAAGUACUACGGCACCUGGUCCUCUCCUGACAGCCCCAACGACCUGUACCUGAAGCUGGAGGACGUGACGCGGCGCUUUGUGAAGCCGUGCAUCAUGGACGUGAAGCUGGGCCAGAGGAGCUACGACCCGUUCGCCUCACAGGAGAAACGGGAGCAGCAGAUCAGGAAGUACCCGCUGAUGGAGGAGAUCGGCUUCCUGGUGCUCGGCAUGAGGGUGUAUAAGAUGUGCAGUGACACCUUCGACACCUACGACCAGCACUAUGGGAGGGGGCUGCUGAAAGACUCCAUUAAAGAUGGUCUGGCUAAAUUCUUCCAUAACGGUGUGAGUCUGAGGAAGGAUGCGGUGUCGGCGAGUAUCCGCAGAGUGCAGCGAAUCCUCCGCUGGUUUGAGUCUCAGCAGCAGCUGGCCUUCUACGCCAGCUCCCUGCUGUUCGUCUACGAGGGCCUCCCCUCCUCUUCCUCUUCAUCCCCUCUUUCCUCCCUGCUCAGCAUGCCGUCCAUGAGCCCGACUGCAGGGCACACCGCCACGCUGUCAUCGGCAGGUCACAGCGAUCAGGGUGGGGAGGGGGACGCCAGACCGGAAGGGGCGAGGCAGGAAGAGGAAGUGGCCGAGUUCAACAACAACAACAUUCAGGCACCCUGGGACUACAGCCUGGAAACCAUUUACACCAAUCACAGGAAAGGAGGCGACCAACACUGUGCCAAGGGUUUCCUAGGCAACAGUGGAGGCGGGGAUGGCGCGGAGACGAAGGCGAGCUCGGACUCUGCACCUUGUGAGGAAGAUAACUCUGCGUGGAAACGAACAGGUGAGUCUCUACCAGCGCCCAAUGCAAACGGAAACAAAUCACAACUGGAAGGGAAGGGCGAGGAGGAACUAAAAGGACGAGGAGGCGGGGCAACAGAGGGGGCGGGCGGAGACACGGAGGUGGAGGUCAGGAUGAUCGACUUCGCCCACGUGUUCCCAAGCGAAUGCCACGACCGCGGCUACAGCUACGGCUCAGACACCUGCUGAUGGUGCUGGUAGCAGAUCCUCUGUGACACCGUAUAGAGGUCUCACUCCUCCCCAGAUCGCUUUUGUGUGUGUGUGUGUGGUGUGUGUGUGUGUGUUGUGUGUGUGUGUGUGUGUGUGUGUGUUGUGUUGUGUGUGUG